GCGCUCUUAAUCCAGCAACCCUCGCAGGGCACAGGGUGGUGUCCAGGAAAGCAAGGUCAGAAGGGGCCGAAAGUUGGAUGUUCUGGGUACCUGUAUUCUAGACACAACCCAGUGGGCCAGACCCCUGGCUUUGCACAGGCCUAGUCACAAAGGUGAUGGAUGCCCCAUGCCCAGACUGUUUCACAUCCAGCUCACACCUGGGCCUGAAGACAAGCGCAACAGCCUAUGACGUCAUGCCAUGGCUCCUGGCAACGCCUUUUCCUUUCGGGUUCCUAGGCAUUCCCAGGUCUUAAGCUCUAGGUGGUGUGCAGGGGAGGGGCGCGGGAGGUCUCUCUCUAGCUGCCGCGAUGGGAGAGGGCCACGGAGACACUUUUGAGGGGGUGAGCAUCGACCGCCUGAAGCUGGAGCUGCUGGAGGAGAUCCACAUGAAGGAUGUUGUGCAGCUCUCCAUGCUUGAGAUACGGCAUAAGAUAGCAGAGCUGGAGGCCAACCUCAACGGUGACCUUGCAGGCAGCGAGUGGAAAAUCCGGUAUGAGACCCAACUGGAGCUGAAUGACCAAUUGGAAAAACAAAUUGUGUCUCUGAACGAGAAAAUGCAAAAGGUCCGUGGGAACCCUUCAGACAGGCUGUCUUCCAUUCGCGCCUAUGAAAGAAUGCCAGUGGAGUCUUUAAACAUGUUACUUAAACAACUAGAAAAAGAAAAAAGGAGUCUGGAAAAUCAAGUGAAAGACUACGCGCUUAAACUUGAGCAGGAAUCAAAGGCUCAUCACCGGACCAACAGUGAGCGCCGAAACUGCUUCGUGGGAAUGUCUCAGGUUUCUGGCUUUAAUCAAGUUUCUAAAAGGCAACAGAUGGAUCCGCUGCCUAGAAUGAGAGAAAGUCUGGUGAAAACUGGAAGAUACAAUCCUGUUAAUCAGAAGAUACCGAAUGCCAAGAAAGGACCAGGAAAAAAGGUUUCAAGAUCAAACCACCUUCCAAAACUCAACCUGUGA